CGCCUGCUGCCGCGGCUGCCGCCUCUUACCUCUUUCCCUUUGACAAGUCGUAGCCGCUGCCGCAAAAAUAAAGGAUGCGACCACCACAGCCGCUGCGGAGCGGGGCUCGGGUCGCUGGAGCCGCGCCCCACCUCCGCCACUCCACUGCCGCCCACGAACUAAUGGCUGAAGAAUAAAUCAACAUGGCAACUAUGGUUCCACCAGUGAAACUGAAAUGGCUCGAACACCUGAACAGUUCUGGAUUACAGAAGACAGUGAAUCUAUUGCUACAAGAGAGGGAGCUGCCAUCCCGUUUUCUAAACUAGUCAGCAAUAAGGAUGUAGUACCUUUGCCCCAACAAGUUUUAUGUCUCAAAGGACCACAGUUGCCAGACUUUGAACGUGAAUCUCUUUCAAAUGACGAACAGGACCAUUAUUUGGAUGCACUUCUUAGCAGCCAGCUAGCACUAGCAGAGACGGUUUGUUCAGAUUCUCCAUUUGCUGGGGCGCUGCGAAAACGCCUGCUUGUACUCCAGCGUGUCUUCUAUGCACUUUCUAAUAAAUACCAUGACAAAGGAAAAGUGAAACAGCGCGGCAUUCUCCGGAGAGCAGCUCUGGUGCAGCAGCUGUCCAUUCUGUGAGUGAACGUCCUCGGUCAGGCACUGAUGCACUUACAGAAAUGGGUGUUCGAACUGGUCUAAGUUAUUAUUUGCACUUCUGAGACAAAGUUGGAUGAUGCCUGUGUCGGGACCUGGCCUUAGUCUUUGCAACGAUGUUAUUCAUUCUGCAAUUGAAGUUGUGAGCUCUUUGCCACCAUUAUCUUUAGCCAAUGAAAGCAAGAUUCCUCCUGUGGGUUUGGACUGCUUAUCACAAGUAACAACAUUUCUUAAAGGAGUAACUAUUCCCAAUUCUGGGGUAGACAUUUUAGGUCGGAGAUUAGCUUCUGAGUUGCUGCUUGGUUUAGCAGCUCAGCGAGGCUCUCUGCGGUAUCUUCUUGAAUGGAUAGAAAUGGCUUUGGGGGCUUCAGCAGUUGUUAAUAACAUGGAGAAAACCAAACUACUGUCAAGCCAGGAAGGAAUGAUCAGCUUUGACUGCUUUAUGACUGUCUUAAUGCAGAUGAGACGUCCUUUGUCUUCCAGAGUACUGGGAUCACAGGUGUGUACCACCACACCUGACUCCAUUGCACGACGUUUUGAAGGCAGAGAAUUUCCAGAAGAAAAGUUCUGCACUGUAACAGCUGUUGGAGAAUUCCAAAAUGAGUCCUGUUUAAGUGAUACAAGGGUUUUUAAUGGGUCAUCUGCUGAUUGGAUUCAGUGGAGAGAACCAACCAGAACAUCUGAUGGCCCGAGCUCACUCUAUGAGGCAGCUUUAUGUCUCUUUGAAGAGGUUUGUAGAAUGGCUUCUGAUUACUCAAGAACAUGUGCUAGCCCAGAUAGCAUUCAGACUGGAGAUGCUCCCAUUGUCUCUGAAACCUGUGAGGUUUAUGUUUGGGGAAGUAACAGCAGUCAUCUGUUGGUAGAAGGCACACAGGAAAAAAUACUGCAAUCCAAACUAGCUCCCAGUUUCUCUGAUGUCCAGAUGAUUGAAGCUGGACAGUAUUGCACUUUCGUUAUUUCUACAGAUGGUUCGGUCAGAGCUUGCGGUAAAGGCCGCUAUGGGAGACUGGGCCUUGGAGAUCUCCAAUAUAAUCAGUCUACUUUAUAAAAGUUAACCUUUGAGCCUCACAGGUCCAUUAAAAAGGUUUCGUCUUCUAAAGGCUCUGAUGGUCACACUUUAGCUUUUAUGACAGAAGGAGAAGUCUUCAGCUGGGGAGAUGGUGACUAUGGGAAACUAGGACAUGGAAAUAGUUCAACCCAGAAACACCCCAAGCUUAUUCAGGGGCCUCUUCAGGGAAAGUGUAAAUAUUUCCAAUUAAAAACAAUAGUGUGGACUUCCGGGAGAACAUGGCGGACAGAUAGCAGCAGCUAUGGAGGCUCUCUGAAAGAACCAGCUUGGAAUUCAGGAAUGGUGCGGAGUAAGGAGUCGUGAGCAGGUGGAGAUAUGCCCUGCUGACCCAAGAACGAACUGGGCUGAGUGCAAUCCUGGUGCUAUAACAGGAACAGAAAAGCCUCAGUGUGGAAGCUGGAGCCCGUAGCAUUGGAAGCCUCGAUUUGGGUUUCCCGCCGCGCAGCGGCUGCAUCUACAUCGGCUUAGCAGGGAGAGAGAUGCGCGGAAGCUCUGAGAACGGGAAUCGGCGAACGGAGUUGAAAACAGGACGGGCGGGGAGCUGUGCAUUGACUUGCGGUGAGGUGAGUGAGAGAAACUGAUACUCUUCCCACGGUUUGGGAGACUCCAACAUAGGACAUUCUGGGACUGGGCAGACUUGCGGGAGCAGGGCACUGCGGCGACUUCAGCCACGUAUCCCCCUCUCAAGCGGGAUUGGUGAGAAGUGACUAGCCCACGUGACGCUGCUGGCUGAGACCCAGUGGGCUAGCACAACCCAGAUCCCAGAGCCUGAGGGUGACCUGGAGGGGCGGGCCCCAUAUAUGCUGCCUGGUCUGCAACUUCUUGGUGUGCUGCGGUGGGCGGGAACACCUAGCCGGGCGCAAUUCAAUUAGACUGUGGCUGACAGGAAAGGAAGCUGGGCCUCCUAUAUACGCUUGCAUAUAUAAGGAACAAAGAAUAUGGGAAGAGGGAGCAACAAGAAAGGCCCUUCAGCCCCCAAUCCUGAGAAACAGGCAAUAGCGGACACCACACCAAUAGACAUAAAGCGCCAUCUAGAGAGCCUCAUAGAUCAGUUCAGGAAUGAAGUUAUUAAUGACCUGAAGCUAGAAAUAAGCAGAAUAGUUAGAGAAAUGCUAAGCACCACCCCCCCCCCAAAAAAAAAAACAGAUGGUGGAAUGGAAGAUCAGAAAAAGAGGGGAGAAUUGUUUGAUGGAGAAAAUAGAGAAAGCAUAGAAUACAUGAAGCAGGUUCAAAGGGAUUACCAGGAAACUAAAAACUCUAUCGAAAACUGGCAUAACAGCUUGAAAGAAACUAAGGACAGACUGUUUGAACUGGAGGGCAGAUUUGUAAUAUGGGAGAAUGAAAUGAAAAACUUCUUAAAAGUAACAAAGAAACAAACAGCAAUAAUACAAAGACUAGAAGAUGAUAAGAGGAUUCAUAACUUAAGAAUUAAGAACAUAAAAGAAGAAGUAGGGACACAACUGAACUACAAAAGCUACUCACAGAAAUAAUCCAGGAGAAUUUUCCUAAUUUAGCAAAAGGUAAAGAUACUCAGUUGUAUGAAGCAUACAGGACCCCAGCCAUCUGCAACCCAAACAGAGCAACACCCAGGCAUAUAAUAAUUAAAAUUCCAGAAAUUCAGUAUAAGAACAGAAUAUUAAAAGCUGUCAGAGACAAGAAACAGACCACUUACAAGGGAACACCCAUCAGAAUUACAGCAGAUUUCUCUGCACAAACCAUCAAAUCACGAAGAGCGUGGGGGGAAAUAAUUCAAGCUUUGAAAGAUAAUAAUCUCCAGCCAAGAUUGAUAUAUCCUGCACAACUAUCUCUGGAAAUUGAUGGAAAAACAAGGUGCUUCCAGGAUAAAGAGGAACUAGGGGAAUAUGCAACCACCAAUUCAACUCUACAGAGAAUACUACAGGAUAUUCUAAAAAAGAAAAAUACAAAGAAUCUAGAAAUAGUGGCAGAGAGGCCACAAUGAAUGGAGCAGAAAACAAAA